GUUCCACCCCGUCGCUCCACUCUUCCCAAUUAGGACUAGCCUAAUUGCCCCUGCCAACCACAAAGCCACGGCCUGCAGGAACCGUAGGCUUUUUCCUUUUCCUUUUCCUUUCUUUAGUUUAGUUAUUUACGAAUCCAGUCAUUUCUUACUUGCAGCCUCGACUCUCGUUUAUGCCUGCCUUCACACGGACUGCCAUCCCGGACGGCUAGGGUGGUGCACUGUGGCGGAUAAUGGAGACGGCCUGGACACAAAGCCCGAUCGGCGACUCCGCCCUCGGGGCCAUCUUCGCCUCGGAUCAGGACAUGUACCCCGUCGCCGCGCUUUCUUUACAGCGUUUUCGCAGCUGGGUCUCGGCCUGGCCAGAAGUCUCGAUUUGUUUCCUGCCGCCCGCGGCCCAUCCACCAGCAACAUCCGGGUCGCCGCAAUCACCACUCGCUGGAGUCAUCGUCGUGCUGCCGCUGCGUCGCGCGCAUUGGGAAGACCUACUCGUGGGCAGGAUCAAGGAGGCCGACAUCGAUGCCGAAACCAUGUUUCCAGCCAGGCUCGGAGUCGGAGUCGGAGAUGACAACCCAUAUGCGGGAGAAGAGGGAGGGGAAGAGGUCGGCCUGCACGUCUUUCACAUCGAGCGGUUCACCGCCUUGCCAGGGGAGGGCCACGUGUCUGCCGCUGCAACAGGCAUGGGUGCAACAAAGAAGCGCUUCGCCGAAUUUGCCCUCGACCAGGUUGCGCGCCGCGCAGCAGCCAUAGGGAGGGGAGCUCGACGCUGGAGCAUCGCAGGCUUCUCGGGUGAGCCGAGCUGGUGGUUUUCUUUGCCGGCCUACUCUCCUUCCUUCUCUGUCUUCUUUUUUUCGUCCUCUUUUUUUUUCCACACUCCCACCCUUGUCUUGCAGUUAGGAAACCCACACUAUAAUGUCCCGCUGUUGCUAACCACAACGUGCGUCACUGCACCCUAGCCCUCACUGCCACGCCUGCAGGCAAAAAGACGUUUGAGCGAAUGGGUUUCACGUCGACGGGGUACAGAGAGAUCCUCUUUUCACGGUCCAAGGCGAAACCUACCGAAAACGAUAGGGAAACCCCUUCCAGCCAGGUAAUCGAAAUACUCUGUCUGUACCCUGGAGAUCGGACGGGCGAACGUCCGUUAGACAUGGUCGACAACGACUGCACCAUUGUGUCAA